GCCUUGUGGUCCCGGCUAUUGGAUUAAUUGAUCCGGGAAGUUUUGAUUAUGUCACGUGAUUUAUGCAUUACAUAAUCAGGCUUGCUAGGCGCCACCAGCAGAAUUGGUGAAAAACUGAGCCGCCCACAAUAAAUCUACUCAUCUCAUCUCUUUCUUCGUUUGUUUCAUUCGCCUCACGUAUCACUGCACCUAACGUCGCAACCCAUAUCAUUGCUACUCAUCACAUCCAUGUUAACCAGAAGUAUUACCUCCGUGAGACCUAGAGUCGCGCAGUAUGCCGUUGUCGGCUUACAGCACAGACUCUUCAGCGGGGCAAUCCCCCACCGUAUCGACAGAAACACAAAGAGAUUGGUGCCGAUUCCGAAAGACGUGAUGGAUACGCCGAUUCCGCUCCCACAGCCGCCAAAUACCGAUGGCCCGAAGCCGCCGUUGAGACAGCGGAUCAAGGACGAGGCGGCGCACUACUGGCACGGAACCAAGUUGCUCGGGUAUGAGAUCAAAGUGGCAACCAAGUUGCUUGUGAAGAUGGCGACUGGGUAUGAGCUCUCCAGAAGAGAAACGAACCAGCUCCAAAGAACGAUUGUGGACGUGGGGAAGUUGGUGCCGUUCUCGAUGUUUGUGAUCAUUCCGUUUGCGGAAGCUUUGUUGCCCGUGGCAUUGAAGUUUUUCCCCGGAAUGUUGCCAUCGACGUACGAAUCCACCACCGACAAGUACAAAAAGAAGCAGAGAUUGCUCAAGACCAGAAAGGACACGUCUGAGUUCAUCCAGAAGACGUUGGAGGAGAAGGGCAUCAAGAUGCCGAAGAAGAUGAACGACCAGGGCAAGAAGGAAUUUGUGGAGUUCUUUGACAUCAUGAAGGACGGCGGCAGGCCCACGGAUGACCACAUCGUCAAGGUUGCACGCUACUUUAAGAAUGACCAGGUUUUGGACAACUUGUCGAGACCGCAGUUGGUCGCCAUGGCUAAGUACAUGAACCUUAAGCCGUUUGGGACGGAUGAGAUCUUGCGCUACCAGAUCAGACACCGUUUGUUGAAGAUUAUCAAGGACGACAAGGUGAUUGACUAUGAAGGUGUGGAGUCGUUGUCGAUCCAGGAGUUACAGAGCGCGUGCCAGCUGAGAGGGAUCAAGUCGUUGGGUGUUUCGCCGGGCAGAUUGAGAGAUGACUUACAGACGUGGUUGAACUUGCGUUUGAAGCAAAAGAUCCCGUCAACGUUGUUGAUUUUGUCAUCCACUUACACUUUUGGUGAGGGCUCCGAUAACCUCCGGAGCUACUAUGACGCGUUGUUGGCUGUGUUGUCCGGGAUUCCGGAUGAGGUCUACAACUUAACCAAGUUGGAUGUCUUGAAGGACGCCGCGGAGAUUGACGCUAAGUUGAAGAUGGAGAUUUUGAAGGAACAGGAGGAGUUGAUCAAGGAGGAGAAUCAGCAACAGGGAACCACCAAGGCAGGGAUCAAGGAUAGCAUCAAGUUGAGUGAUUAUGAAGAGGAAGUGAGCGACAAAGCGGAACCCGCCACUGAGACUGGUGAGGCGAUUUCUGAAAAGGAAACCGAGCUCUUGAAGCAGGAGACCAAGGCUCCGCAGGAAACUAUUGCCGCCGAGUUGAACAGCGUGGAUGAAAAAAAGGAAGCCAAAUAGGCUUCUAAAAGUUUUGCCGUGGCAAACAAGAAUGUGUCGGCAUUGGCUUAUGCAUUCUGUUCGGACCAUGGUAGACAUUAAAUAUAUAACGAAUUAGACUAUGAAUAUUAGUUUGCGGA